AUGGGCUUCAUCGCCGCCUGCAUCACUUCCGGUCUGGCGACCAUAUUGGCCACUUCCUUGGCCUGCUCGCUAAUGGUCAAUCGGCAGUGGCAUUUGGUUCUGUUUGGAAGUGUAUUUCCGUAUCGUAUGUAUGCCGCCUGCUUUUUCUGCGUCCAUUCGACGGGCAGAAUUUGGGGAUUGUGGACACAGAAAACCUAUUUAUCGUGCAUUAAUGACGACAUCAGCGAGGCCUGCGGCUGGACGAUCUUUCGCGCCGAACGCAUGAAAGAAGCCGAAUCCCCUCCACUACCGUCAUCGUUCCAGAAGAAACUUCGCAGUCCGCGUUUGCAAGAACGGAGUGUGGCCGAUAUGCGCAAAGUUUCUCCAUGUCGGCCACUGGAACAGCGGAUCGAUUCGAGAACUGGGCCAACGUUUUUACUGUUACGGAGAAACCGGAAGCUGAAUGCUGUGGGUGCAGCUGCGAAGUCUCCACAAUGUAUAACCCAGGAGCCGCUAUGCUGUCGUACUGGGCAUGCCAAGCAUCCGAACAACUCGUCUCCGGCAAUGAUACCAGCUCCACUUCUUCCUCCCCUGGUCUCUGUUGGUUGCUGUACGCAUAGUUGGAUGGCCGUUGGUCUGGAGCGGGACAGUACUGGUCCUUAG